AUGCUGCCCAAAACAUUACUCGGGCUCGCCCUCACCGCGGCCACAGGCCUCUGUGCCUCGCUGCAGCAGGUGACAAACUGGGGCAGUAACCCAACCAACAUUCAAAUGUACACCUACGUCCCUGACAAGCUGGCCACAAAGCCCGCCAUUAUUGUGGCUCUCCACGGCUGUGGCGGCACCGCCCCUUCCUGGUACUCGGGCACACGCCUACCCUCCUACGCCGACCAAUACGGAUUCAUCCUCAUCUAUCCCGGCACGCCCAACAUGUCCAACUGCUGGGGAGUCAACGACCCUGCUUCUCUCACGCACGGAGCCGGCGGCGACUCCCUCGGUAUCGUUGCCAUGGUGAACUACACCAUCGCCAAAUACAACGCCGACGCUUCGCGCGUCUAUGUCAUGGGCACCUCGUCGGGCGGCAUGAUGACCAACGUCAUGGCCGCCACUUACCCGGAGGUCUUUGAGGCCGGGGCUGCGUACUCGGGCGUUGCGCACGCUUGUUUUGCCGGGGCUGCGUCGGCUACUCCCUUUUCGCCCAACCAGACCUGCGCCAGGGGACUGCAGCACACUGCGGAGGAAUGGGGCAACUUUGUGAGGAAUUCUUACCCGGGGUACACGGGACGUAGACCAAGGAUGCAGAUCUACCACGGCCUCGCCGACAAUCUGGUGUAUCCAAGAUGCGCGAUGGAGGCCCUGAAGCAGUGGUCGAACGUGCUGGGGGUAGAGUUUUCGAGGAAUGUCAGCGGAGUGCCGAGCCAGGCGUAUACGCAGAUUGUGUAUGGAGAUGGCAGCAAGCUGGUUGGGUAUAUGGGCGCAGGCGUGGGGCAUGUGGCACCGACGAAUGAGCAGGUAAUGUUGAAGUUCUUUGGGUUGAUCAACUAG